GUGAAGCAGAUCAUGGAGGAGGCGGUGACGAGGAAGUUUGUGCAUGAGGACAGCAGCCACAUCAUCUCCUUCUGCGCUGCGGUGGAGGCCUGCGUCUUGUACGGCUUGAAGAGGAGGGCGGCGGGAUUCCUGCGCAGCAACAAGAUCGCAGCUCUGUUCAUGAAGGUGGGCAAGAGCUUUCCUCUGGCUGAGGAGCUUUGCAAGAAGGUGCAGGACCUGGAGCAGCUCAUUGAGAACGCACGAAAUCAGGUCCAGGGCAUCCCGGAGAAUGUGCGCAAGAUGCCGAAGCUGCCCAACCUGUCUCCUCAAGCCAUCAAGCACCUCUGGAUCCGCACAGCCCUCUUCGAAAAGGUCUUGGAUAAAAUCGUGCAUUACCUGGUAGAAAACAGCAGUAAGUACUAUGAAAAAGAAGCUCUCCUGAUGGAUCCUGUGGACGGGCCAAUCCUUGCAUCUUUAUUGGUGGGGCCCUGUGCGCUGGAGUACACGAAGAUGAAGACUGCUGACCACUUCUGGACGGACCCCUCGGCUGACGAGCUGGUGCAGAGGCACCGCAUCCACAGCUCCCACUGCCGCCAGGACUCACCCACCAAACGCCCGGCACUCUGCAUUCAGAAGAGGCAUUCGAGUGGCAGCAUGGAUGACCGACCGUCGCUGUCUGCCAGGGACUACGUGGAGUCGCUGCACCAGAAUUCCCGAGCCACGCUCCUGUAUGGCAAGAACAACGUCCUGGUGCAGCCACGGGAUGACAUGGAGGCGAUCCCAGGAUAUCUGUCCCUCCACCAGACGGCCGACAUCAUGGCCCUGAAGUGGACACCCAACCAGCUGAUGAACGGCUCCGUGGGGGACCUGGACUACGAGAAGAGCGUGUACUGGGACUAUGCCAUGACCAUUCGCCUGGAGGAGAUCGUCUACUUGCACUGUCACCAGCAAGUAGACAGCGGUGGGACGGUUGUCUUGGUGAGCCAGGAUGGGAUCCAGAGGCCUCCGCUGCGCUUCCCCAGAGGAGGGCACUUGCUGCAGUUCCUGUCCUGCCUGGAGAACGGCCUCCUGCCCCACGGGCAGCUGGACCCACCCCUCUGGUCACAGCGGGGAAAGGGAAAGGUGUUUCCCAAGCUGAGGAAGCGAAGUCCCCAGGGCUCCUCCGAGUCUGCGUCCGACAAGGAAGACGAGGAAGCCACAGAUUACGUUUUCAGGAUCAUCUACCCGGGGAUGCAGUCUGAGUUCGUGCCCCAGGACCUGAUGGACGCGCCGGGCGCUGGCCUUCCUCCCAUGUGGCAACCCAGCACCCGCAAGUCCUCGUGCUCCUCCUGCUCUCAGAGCGGCUCCUCUGACGGUGGGCCGUCCAAUGGCUGCAGCCACGAGAGAGCUCCGCUGAAGCUGCUGUGUGACAACAUGAAGUACCAGAUCCUCUCCCGGGCCUUCUAUGGCUGGCUGGCCUAUUGCAGACACCUCUCCACGGUGCGAACCCACCUCUCGGCGCUGGUUAACCACAACAUCGUGUCUCCUGACGUGCCCUGCAAUGCCAGCUCGGGCCUGACUGUGGACAUAUGGCAGAGAUACCUGCAGGACAGCACGAGUUACGAGGACCAGGAGCUGCUGCGGCUGAUCUACUACGGCGGGAUCCAGCACGAGAUCAGGAAGGCUGUCUGGCCCUUCCUUUUGGGCCAUUACCAGUUUGGGAUGACGGAGGCAGAAAGGAAAGAGGCUGACGACCAGAUCCGUACCUGCUACGAGCACACCAUGGCGGAGUGGCUGGGCUGUGAGGCCAUCGUCCGGCAGCGGGAGAAGGAGUCGCACGCAGCAGCUCUGGCCAAGUGCUCCUCCGGGGCCAGCCUGGAUUCCCACAUCCAGAGGAUGAUGCACAGGGACUCGACCAUCAGCAACGAG